AUGGAUCAUGCCUGGCUGGACUCGUUGUCCGAGGACUGGGUCUCCGAGCGCGGCGACUCUUCGGCGGACAAGCUGCCACCUCUCGAAUUCAGCGACCCCAUCGAGUCCACGCCGUCGAGGCAGCGCCAGAGUCGAAUCCCUCGCCGGACGCCGAAAUCAAAGGCUUCGACAUCGUCGACGCCGAGCAGCAGCCCGUAUGUCUUGGGCGAGAGGAGCGCCAACGACAUCAACAUCUCGAGCCGACGUCUGCGUUCCGCCCUGUCGCGGGAGAUCAAGCUCGACGAACCGGGGCAGUCCAUGCCAACCACCGCCAACGGCUCCGUCAUCCGCAAUAGCAGCCAUCACCGUGUGUCGUCGAGCCGAGGGAGGGAGACGCCCGAGUGGAAGCGACGAUUGGUCCAAGGCAAGCUAGCGUACGGCGAGCAACGAGACCUCUUCUCCUCCGCCGCCGCGGGCUUACAGGACAUGUUCAAGCCGCCUCCCGCGGCCGACGGCACGGUUGGUCAUGCCGAUGCGACGCUGCCUUCGAGUCCACCCAUCGACGCUCUCACCGAUGACCUCGCAGAUUUGGAGCGGUACAUUGACGUCGACGAUGACGAGGACAGUCGCGAAAUUGUGUCGCCGAGUCCCAGCCCUCGGCGGAGGCAACGCGGUGUCCAGUAUCUACCAAACGACGAAUCCAUCUCCAGCCCCUCUCAGGUCAAUGGUGCGCGACGAGGUAGCGAUUCAUCGAGGCAGCAGCCACGGGACCGACCUGGGGCGCGUCGAGUCGAUGGCCCCUUGACGGUACCGCACGACACCGCAGCCACCUCGAGAAAGACGAGCGGCCGCAGCGACACGCGCAACGAAGAGUUCAGCCCCAUCAUGAUUGGAAAGCACAGCACCGAGGGUGGAAAGGUUGACUUUGCACACAUCGAAGUGCCGGUGGAGCAGCUGUGGCAAAAACUGGAACGUCUGCGAAUCAACCAGAUGCUCUCGGACGAAUCGCGAGCCGAUGUCGACAACGCAUUCUCCAAUGGCCCGGACGCGCUCGACGAAGAGAGCCUCGUUCAUGCCGAAACUUCCAACGAAUACCCCCGAAAGGAGGCGGUUGCCAACCUGCAGCUCGACGGACCGUCGCGAGGUGACUCGUUCCGCCAUGGUGGGUUGCCUUCGGAUAUUGGCGUGGAUUCGUCCGAGAUGCUGCCUGAAGAGUCUCUCCAGGCGAGCACCCCAAAGCAGUUUCCCUCGGUUAGCGUUCAGGGGAGAACGGCCGCCCCGACGCUGCAUCUCUCGCCCAGCCCUGCCUUGCCGAGGGCUCCCUUUCCGAGCCCCGAAAAGCGACAGGCGAGAGAGUCCCACAAGGCCAACGGCAGCCCGUUGAAGCUCUUUGGUCCCUACGAUACCUUUACGAAUCAGACUUUGCUUCGACGCAUAAGCCAGUUUGAGGACGCGUCCGGGGGAACCUCUCGACAGUCAUCGCACGCAAUUGAGGUCCAAAACUCGCCUCCGUCUCAGCACCGACCAAAUCUGGACGCGCUGCCCAACUCCACCGCCAUCAGUCGAUUCGGCGGCGGGGAUCUGGACGGCUACGAAUUCCCCGGUGACGUUUCGUAUGAGUCGACGGGCAACUGGGAGGCUGUCGACAAGGAAAAUGUUGAACCGACGUCGCCACUCCGUACCCGCCCGUCAUUUAAUCCCCUGCAAGGGCAAUCGCCAAACAACGACGCAGACCUUUACGUUCGGAGAAGGCGAAACACCGGGUCGACGCAAACGCGAUCCUCGAUUUCCAUUCCAAGCAAUCACCACCACCACCAAGCCAUUGCUCUUCCCAACAAUGCUCCCCUGCCCGCCCUCACGCCGAAGCGAGACGGCGACUCGGAAGGAAAGCGACCUCGCACGUCACCAUCCAAGGACCCGACGCCCAAAAGACGACGGACGCUGCAUCGAUCGGACGUUGCCUUUGGUCGUGAGGAUCGGCUGGCCACGCUCGACUCUGCCCAUCGCCAGAUGCAGGUGGCCAUAAGCAAGAAGCGCAAGGAUGCAAGACCCGGAAAGUCCGAGAUGGCCGACGCCAGCCUUCUCGCCAUGCGGUCAAUGCUUUGGCCGCAAAAUUCGACGCCUGCCUCGAGGCAAACGCCAUCCCCUGUACAUUUGCAAAUACGCGCCAUACAGAACGAGAAUGGGAGCCGCCAUGACGACGUAUCGGAGACGGAGAGGAAGCCUUCGAUAAUAACGCAAGACUUCAUCGACCAGGCAGCGCAGAUCAUGGCCAUGAUUCGAAACCAGGUACGGCCAAGGUUGGCGAGCCUCGAGGAAUCGGAAAACGAAGGCGGCGAAGCGAGACACCAGCACAUGAUGGAUGACUCUAGCGACGAGUCCACGGAUGAACCAUUUUCUCGACCACCGAGCCGCGAGGGAAAUAGGUGGACGAAUGUUGCACCGAGCCGUCAUGACCCAGAAAUUAUCAGUCGGCUCAAGAAAUACCAAGAGCGUAGCGAUGUGGAUGAUAUUCACUCUUCGUCCCUGCGGCCCAUGGGACGGCCAAGUGACGACGACCUUGACGAUGGGGAGCAAUCCGUACAGAAUUAUCAAGUCCACGGGGGGGCGCUUCACGUUACCGACGACAUUGUCAGCGACCUUCCGAAUGUUCGAAUCACGUCGGCGGGUGGCCAGGACAGUGGUCUGUGGAGUCCUGGCAAGGAUUUUCCGUCCAACGCCUCCAGUCGAUCUUUUAGCAGAAACUAUCCCACCACAUCCUCCCGGGGUUCGGAGUAUCGAAGGACCAUCAUGCCCGAGAGCGUCUCGCACUUGAUUCCAGACAGGGUCGGGGGUAUGUUCCUAGACAGGCAGAACAAGAUUUGGGUCAGGAGAAAAGGGUCCGGGUCCACGGCGGUGUCGGAUGUUCCGCCUCCUGCAGAGGAUACGGAGGAUGACCCGUUUGCGAGCAUCUCGGAUCUGUCCGUCGACAUGACGAGAGAGUUGCAGAACCUCAAGGUUGGGGUUGCGAAAGGGGUUCCUGCCGGUGAGGCCGAGCUGCACAGCGUGUCGCAAAGCACAUCAGGUGCCGCCAGGAGACCCAGCAGGAGAUAUACGACUCUUUCGCCAAAGGACCGUCCAGGCCCGCACAUGGCUGCGCUCGCAAGAGAAGAGCUGUUCAAGUUGGGAGACCGAGCCUCGACAACGUCGAAAAUGUCGCCUGGGGCGGAGCGAGACACGAGCCCUCGAGACGUCAACACCAACGCCGCAUCCUCAUCCGCGCGUCGACGCCUCACCAUCUCUUUUUCGUCACCAGUCGCUUCGGUCAUACACGAUGUCGUGACCGACGAUUUGGACCCUCUCGACUUUGGCGAUGAUGAUGACAAUUCCCAGCCUGGGCUUGUCAAGACUGCGCGCAGAAACAGCUUGCAGGUUUCCACACGCACCGGCAGCUACGGGCAGGGUCGUCUGUCGUCGGCUCGCGGGCCAGAAUUUGUGCCGCGGCCCGUGUCCCGCAUCGAUGAACAGGACGAGGAGAGUACGGUGGAGAUUCAGGCAGACGAGGAUCGUCAGAUCAGUAUUAUCGGCGACAAUAGCGUCGUGAGCCAUCGGACGCCUCACGUACGACACGCCAGCCUGAACUUUGUCAUCGGCCACAGCCCGAACAGCGUCGGGCCCCUAUCUUUCCAGCCGGAGGAGAGUGCGAUUAUUGGCCGCAACGUUGGCAAGCUGUCGCUGAGCCCCCUGUCGGAGUUUACCGUCAACAACGCAGACCAGUCGUUCGGAUUCGAGGUCAGCUACGUCAUGGGCCACCGACGCAUGGCAACGGGCGAUGGCUCCAAGAAGGUCAUGUCCAUGACAAUACGAGACCUCGUGGACAAGCUCAGCGAAGUCGAGCCCUUUGAGCCGUUCUGGGAGGACAUGACGGAGCUCGACCUGCAGGACAAGCAGCUGGCGAGCCUGCACAUGCUGGACGAGUUUUGCGGCAGGGUGGUGACGUUGGAUGCGUCCAAGAACAAGCUCAAUCAUCUCGAGGGUCUCCCGUCGUCGGUGCGGCAGCUCAAGGUGGCCCAGAACAUGCUGACGGAGCUCACGUCGUGGGAUCACCUCUUGAACCUGCAGUACGUGGACAUUUCGGGCAACGAGAUCAAGAGCCUGUCGGCGUUGAAGAAUCUGGUGCACCUGCGUAGCGUGAGGGCCGACGACAAUCAGCUGACGGGGCUGGACGGAUUGGACUGCCACGACGGGCUGCUCUCGCUGCGGGCUCGCAACAACUUGAUCGAGCACGUUGACUUUUCCACGGCCAUGUUCGAGCGCCUGACCGAGCUCGACCUCGAGGGCAACAGCAUCGUCUCGGUUCAGAACCUUGAGCUGCUGCCGGCACUGUCGCGGCUGGGGCUCAAGCGAAACCGGCUACGGGACCUGACGCUGAAGGCGGAGAUGAGGACGCUGCGGCAGCUCGACGUCAGCGACAACGAGCUGGAGUCUCUGGAUCUCAGCAACCUGCCCAGCAUUCGCUGCGUCUACGCCGACAGGAAUCGUCUUUGCGAGCUCUCCGGCUUCGAGCGAGCGCGACGUCUGGACAGCCUGUCGAUUCGCGAGCAGCACGGAGAUUCACCCCUGAACCUCGGCUUCCUGUCACACGUGUACGAGGUCCGCAAGCUGUUCCUGUCGGGCAACUUUUUGGAAUCCUUCGAGCCGACGGUGGAUUUCCUGAACCUUCAACUCCUGGACCUCGCCAACUGCGGAUUGCGGGUGCUGCCGGCGAAAAUGGGCCAGCUCAUGCCCAACCUGCGGACGCUCAACGUCAACUUCAACGCGCUCGGCGACUUGACGCCUCUGCAGUUCGUUCCUAGGCUCAAGAAGCUGCUCGUGGCCGGAAACAGACUGGCGGACUCGACGGGCGUCACCCGGCUCCUGACCGAGUUUCCGCACCUCAGCCAGCUGGAUGCGAGGGACAACCCCGUGACGCUCGGCUUUUACGCGCCCGUGCAGGUGCUGGUGCCGGCCGGGCGGGCGGAGUUCUCGGAUCCGUUCACGCUGCCGGACGCCGACGAGGAGCGAGAUGGGCUGUUUGCGAGCCGGCUGGACGAAGCGACGAGGCUGCGUCGACGGCUGCACCAGGUUGUGCUGGUCGCCAGCUGCCGACGGCUCCGAAAGCUCGACGGCCUGCCCGUGAGGCGGAGAGAGGUGCUCGCGACGGACGACGUUUUGCGGACAUUGGUCAGCGAAGGCGUCGUACCCGACCUCGAGGACGCCAUGGUCGGACGAUCGGAGAAGGUGUGCGACGACGACGGGGACGGGGACGGGGCGGCGGCACGAAACGACGAUGCCGCGGCGGAUGCCGAAGCGGCGGCCCAGCUCGAAUCCGAGCUCGAAGCGUCGCGACAGCAGAACGAGACGCUCGGGAGCAGUCGGUGGAAUGCAGAAGACAGCUUUGCGUAG